AUGCAGCCUGACAAGUUGCCGCAUAUCCGCAAAACACCUUUCUCUGUGGAUGAUAUUUUGGAUCCCACAAAAUUUACAAGGAAACAGCUCCAUGCUCGAUUUGCAAGGCCAACAGCUUCUAAUGUGAGAGAUGAGCCAGCAGAGAAGCAGCAUCCUCCUGCUGGUGAAUCCAGCCCGGAUGAAGCAGCUGUGUGUCCGCAGAGGGUCUCUUCAGACUGCCGGGACAUUCAAAACUCCACGGGAAAACCUCGGCGGCUCCGCACAGCUUUCACUCUGGAGCAGCUGCGGAUCCUGGAGCACAGUUUCCAGAGCUGCCACUACCUGUCUGUUCUGGAGCGACAUGCCAUCGCCUCAGCGCUGCGCCUCUCUGAGACCCAGGUCAAGAUCUGGUUUCAAAACAGACGCACCAAGUGGAAGAAAGAGCGGCAGGGAAAGGAACCAGAGGAGCAGCAGCUGCAGCACGGCUUGGCUUCUUUCCUCUCACAUCCAGCCGUCUAUUCAUCAUCUUUACACUACACUCCAUUUUACUGCCAGCGCACACCACUUCAGCUGUUUGCGCCACCGCCAACGCUUCAUCAUUAUUACACAUGA